UUCGUUUUUUAGAAGAUUUGCGUGUGGUUGGAUGCUUGAAUAACUUAACAUGUUUACGAUUUUUCGUUGUUUUGGAUGUUUAUAAAUGCUAAUAUUGCCAUACUUUCCAACAGCGUAGAUGGGCCAUCAAAAACCCACAGCUUACAGGACCUCCAGCAGCCAGCUGUUUUCUCCAAGGUGUUUAUCCAGAGAGACUACAGCUCAGGGACCAUCUGCAGGUUCCAGACCAAGUUCCCUUCUGAACUUGAAUCAAGGCUUGACAAACAGCAGUUUGAGGAGACCAUCCAGACUCUAAACAACCUUUACGCAGAAGCAGAGAAACUAGGGGGGAAGUCCUACUUGGAGGGCUGCCUGGCCUGUCUCACUGCUUAUACCAUAUUCCUCUGUAUGGAGACACACUAUGAAAAGGUGUUAAAGAAGAUAGCCAGAUAUAUUAAGGACCAGAAUGAGAAGAUAUACGCUCCCAGAGGCUUGCUGCUCACUGACCCCAUAGAGAGGGGUCUCAGAGUUGUUGAAAUUACCAUCUUUGAAGACAGAAGUAUUGGCUCUGGAAGAUAAAGAAUCUUGGGGGAUGAUGACUUUGACCAGAUACUGUUCAUUUGUCUGGCAGCACAUUCAGACACCUGCUUCACCUGAAUGGAUGUAUAUAAUUUUGAUCUGAUCCCUUUCUCUGUUAUUUAUACGUACUCUACUGUCUGCCUAUCUUUAUGUUUAUAAGUGUGUUUUCAUGUCUUUUUAUACAUGAGGUGAUGUAUAAAUCAUGUCCAAGUUGAUCAAGACCGGUCCCUAUGAAUAGUGCCAUUGUGUGAAAUGCCACUUUUGACCAUGGUACUCAUGAGUGAUUUGACUUGUGUAUUGUUUUGCAAAUAAUAUAAAGUCGAAUAAUGUGUAGUCACCAAGAAUUGUCAUAGAAAUAGGUUGAGAUGGAGUUGUUGGCACCAUCUGUAAACAGUAAUUCUGUUAUGGGUAGCACUCCACAGUAUUAAAGUGCUGGUUGUAGCCUUUGUUGAGGCCAAUCUUUUCUUAUCUGUGCAUGAAUGUGACUUUUUUUUUGUGGGGGGGGGGGAAUCACGUCUUGUGCAACAUACAUAUUGGAAGUUCUGAGCUGGAGAUUUUUGUGACUUCAAAAGUGGAGCAUGUUUACUGUUAAUAAGUCCAUCACAAAAUAAUGAUAACAUGACCUAGUGCACUUUGAGAAAUGUCCUGCUCUCUGCUGUCAUAGUACAACUGCACUAUUAAUCUCCUCUCUCAUAUUCAGCGUUCCUUGUUAUAUGUUUCUCUCAAGGUUCUCUGUCUAUAUUGCGAACAUCAUCCUCUUUUUUUUAAUUAUCAACAAACACCACAGAAACCUUAAACACUCUGAAAUCCACAGAUGAUUGCUAUAGUUGGUGUUUGAUACGACAUGUCUACUUUUCUUACAAAUAUUGUUCUGAUUAUCUAAAUAAAUUGUCUUUUCCUGGGAA